UGCAUUGUUGUGCAAGACUGAGGGAGUAGCUCUGUACUCGUGAAUAAAGCCUUCCUAUAAAAGAGAGGCUGCAACCAAAGAAAAGAGCAAGAGGACAGAGAGGAAGAAGAGAGAGAGAGAAAGAAAGAAAAGAGAUGGAGUCACAGGGCAAAGGGUACCCUCCCUUUUCGGUCUCAACUGGUGGUGAUGAGAGUAUGCAAGGUGUUAUGCAGAAAGAGGUGAACCACUCAACCAGUGCUCCCCCUCUUCCAGAACUUAGGCUAGUCCUGCUGGGAAGGAAAGGAACAGGGAAGAGCUCUGCAGCCAAUACCAUUCUGGGAGGAAUAGGGGGGUUUGAGAGCGGCAGACCAACCGAGGAGUGCUCGAAAAAGCGAGCCGAUCUAACCGGGAGACGAGUCACCGUGGUAGACACCCCUGGCUGGGAAUGGUACUACCCGCUCAACAGCACCCCCGACUGGGUCCGGAGAGAGACAUUGCGCAGCAUGUCCCUGUGCUCCCCCGGACCUCACGUUAUCCUGCUAGUGAUACGUUCCUGCGCCUCGGUAACAGAGUCCUACAGGAAGCAAAUAGAGGAGCACCUGGAGUCUCUGGGGGAAGGGGUGUUGGACCAUACCAUGUUGCUGUUCACCAGGGGGGACGAGCUGGGUGUGGUGCCCAUGGAGCAGAGGAUCCUGACGGGUGGGGCUGCCUUCCAGCAGCUGCUACGGAGGUGUGGGAACAGGUACCAUAUCCUGGACAAUAAGAGCCGGGGAGACGGAACUCAGGUAAGGGAGCUACUGAGGAAGAUGGUGGAGAUGGUGGAGAACAAGGGAGGACAUUUUGGGGCAGAUCCUGCCCUCCUGAGGUUGGAGGCAGACGGGAGGAGGAGAGCGAGGGAACGGAGGAAGAGGCAGAGACAGAUGGAGGCCCAGACUCAGAGGGGUACCAUCAGAGCUGUGCUUAUGACUGACGCUGGAUCCCAGGGCUCUGAUUGGGAUGGGAAACAACCAUUCUCCAAGGGUACUCGUCGUCUCCCAGAGCUGAGACUGGUCCUCCUGGGAGAGAGAGAGACGGGGAAGAGCUCGGCUGGGAACACCAUACUGGGUGGAGGUGGAGAAGCAGCAGGGUUCUUCCAGACAGGGAGAGUGACGGAGGAGUGUGCCCGGUGCCAGGCAGAGGUAGCCAUGAGGCUGGUCACCGUGGUGGACACCCCCGGUUGGGAAGGUGGAGUAGCAGGCCCCACCCCAGAGAGGGUAAAGCGGGAGAUGGUGUGGGGUAGCGUGUCCCUGUGUCCCCCGGGACCCCACGCUGUGCUCCUCACCCUGAGGGUGGACACCCUGGUCGGUUCCACACCUGUAAGAGAACACCUGGAGCUCCUGGGGGAAGAGGUCUGGAGGCAUGCUGUCCUCCUGUUCACCCAUGGGGAUCAGCUGAGGGAGGGGGUGGGCAUUGAGCAGCACAUCCAAAGCGGGGGGAGGGACCUUAAGUGGCUGGUGGAGAAGUGUGGGAGCAGGUACCACGUCAUCAGUAAUCUGAAUGGAUGUGGGGACGCCGCUCAGGUGUCAGGCCUGCUGGAGAAGGUCGAGAAGAUGGUGGCCGGGAACAGGUGCGAGGCCUUCUCGUCGCUAGUGCAGGAGGUCAGCGACCUCACCAGACAGAGGAACGAGAAAUUCAACCAGCGUCUCAAAGAGGUUGGUGACAAGAUGCAGCGUCAGGAGAUGGAGCUCAAGAGGAUGAGGGAGAGGGAGGUCAAGAGCAUCCGCUGGUUUUUCGAUCGGAAGAAGAAAGUUAAAUCUCCGGGGAAGUCAGGCGUGGAAAAAGAGGAGGAUGGAGGGGAGGAGGAGGAAGAGAAAAGGAGUGAUGGGAGGAAGAACGAAAUGGGCGAACUGGAGGAGAGGAUUAGGUGGCUGACGGAGGAUAAGGAGAGAGAGAUUCAGGAUCUGGCCGCGGAAAACUACAGAUUCAUCGCUGCGCUCGAUCAGAGAAGCAGAGAGCUAGAGGAGAUAGUCAUCAAGCGAGAGGAGAAAGAGAGAGAGAUUGAAGAGCUGAACGAGCGAGUUGAUGAGCAGCAAGUGAAACUGCUCGACCUUGAGCGUGUCGUCGAGGAGAAAGAACGAGAUAAAAAAGAGAGGGAGGAAGAGUUUAGAGGAAAGCAUCAGGGAUGGAGGAGGGAAGCAGAGGAGUUGAAAGACAGGAUAGCCCUGGAAGAAAAAGAAAAAGAGGAAUGGACAGAAAGAGGAAAAACGUCACAGAACGAGAUGUAUGAGUCAAAACAGUUGUAUGAGGAGAGACGUUUACAGUAUGAGGAAGAGAUGGAGAGAAAACUGCAUGAAAAAGAGGAAGAGAUGGAGAGAAAACUGCAUGAAAAAGAGGAAGAGAUGGAGAUAAAACUGCAUGAAAAAGAGGAAGAGAUGGAGAGAAAAGUGCAUGAAAAAGAGGAAGAGAUGGAAGGAGUGAGACUGCUAUCUGAGACAAGGGAGACAGAAAGGAGGGAUGAGCAAAGAAAGAGAGACGAAAGGGAAAAGAAAGAGAUGAGCAAGCUGAAAGAAAUCAUUGAAAAGAAAAAUAAAGAAAUAACUGAUACACAGCAAUUGGUUACAGAGAAAGAAAAAGAGAUUGUGAAAGUGAGGGCGAGAUCCGUUGACAACGUAAAAGAAAUUGAGCGGCUGAAAGAAAACAACGAACAGAAGGAGUCUGAGGCGGUGGCAAUGCAACGGCAACACACAGAGGACAAAAGUAGGAGAGAUGCCGAGACAAUGGACAAGAUACGAGGGAAAGAAGUGGAGCUCAACAACUUAAAACAAAAGGACGGGGAAAAUAAGAGAGAACUCGUCAGUUUAAGGCAAACCAUUAAACAAACAAAAACAGAACUGGAAAACUUAACUGCCAUGAUGGAGAAGGAAAGGAUGAACAUGAUACAGGAAUAUGAAAAGGAAAUGAAGACGAAGGAUGAGGAGAUGAGGUUGAUGUUAGAAGACAACGAAAGUGCUACCAGCCAACUGCAGAAAAUGGAGGAAGAAAGUAGAAGGAACAUUUCAGGCAUGACAGAAGGCUUAAGGGACAGCCAGAGGAAGGUUGAGGUACUGCAGGAGCUGAACGUGAAAUUGAAGAAAGAGAUGGACAACCUCAGGAAGAAGUGUCAGGAGUAUGAGGGGGACCAGGGGGUUCAGAGGACCGAGAAGGAGAGCAGGGAGGCUGACAUCAGAGAGCUGCUCUGUGGAUAUGAAGAGCAGUUAAAAAACAAAGAUGGGGAAAUCCACCAUGUUAUGGAAGAGCGGGACCUGGAGGUUGCUGCGUUGAAACAGAUGAACGAUGAGAGACAGAAGGAGCUGGAGAAAAUGAAAGAAGAGAAGGAGGUGAGAGAGAAACAGGUGGAUGAGAUACGAGGGUGUUAUGAGAAGAAUCUGAGAGAAAGACAGAAUGAGCUGAAACAGACGGCUGAGGAAAAGGAGAAAGAGCUUGAGAAAAGGGAGAGAGUGUAUAAUGAGAAGGAACGAGAACAAGCAAGAAGUAAAGAAGUGCUGGAUAACAGAGGAUGCGAACUUGAGACAAAAGAGGCAGAGCUAGUGAAAAGAGAAGAAGUGCUAGUGAAAGGAGAGGAAGUGCUAGUGAAAAGAGAAGAAGUGCUAGUGAAAGGAGAGGAAGGGCUAGUGAAAAGAGAAGAAGUGCUAGUGAAAAGAGAAGAAGUGCUAGUGAAAAGAGAAGAAGUGCUAGUGAAAGGAGAGGAAGUGCUAGAAGUAGGAGUGGUGGAGAAAGAAGGACGGGAACUGCAGGGAAAAGAACCAGAGAGGAGUGGAAGCAUCACAGACCGGGAAGAUCAGAAGAUGAUGGAAUGUGCCUCGUCUGCAAUCUUAAACAAUAACAGUCAGUUUGAAAGAAUGGCAGCGCCAGAAGAGAAAGAGGAGGCUAGACAGAAUCUGGAAGAACAGGCGAAAGAGGAGAUAGAAGAAGAGGGAGGCAAGGAGGGAAAUAGAGAGCAUCCCAAACAGGAAGGGGAUUCUCAGAACACAGGGAAGGAGUGUGUUCCGUUAAAAAGAGGGAGCCAGGAUGAGAUAUGGCCGGAAGAAUGUAAAAAGAGGGGGAGAAUGGGUGAAGAGGAGGAAGAGGAGGAUAAUUAUAAGGAAAUUGAAGAUGUAAAUGUUAUCUCAGACUUAAAGUUAACUCCAAGUCCAGGCCCCAGUGUAGAAAACACUAAACACAUCCAAAGGUCUGAGCUGAGGCUGGUACUGUUAGGGGAGACUUGGUCUUCCCGUCACCCAGCAGGGUACACAAUCCUGGGCAGAGAGGCCUCACACCCAGGAGAGUCCAUCUCUAUGCCAUGGCGGGGACAAAUCGCUGGAAGACAGGUCAGUGUGGUCGAACCACUUGGGCUAAAGUGGCGUAACGGACCAGACGGCAACACCUCCAUCCCCACAGACCCAACACAGCUCCAGAACAUCUUCCAUAGUGUUUCCCUGUCCCACCCAGGUCCCCACGCUAUCCUCCUGGUCCUACCAGCCUACCUGUCAUUCACACAGAAGUAUCGGAGAGCGGUGGAACACCAUAUGAGUGUGCUCGGGGAAGAUAGUUGGCGUCGCACUAUGGUGCUGUUCACGUGGGGGGAAGCUUUAGGGGAGAGCGCUGAGCAGCACAUAUUGAGGAAUGGGGACCUCCAGUGGCUGGUGGGACAAUGCGGCGGUAGACACCAUAUUCUGGCCAGCAGGAAGAACAACUCUCAAACAGCAGAGCUAAUGGAGAAGAUAGAGGAGAUGGAGAGGAAGCAGAUGAUGCUGGCCCCUCUGGACCGCAUCUCUUCCGACUGA